UUCAUUCGGUUCGGCCAGUCAGCAAAUGAAAUAACAAUAGUCUUUCUCGAUUCUCACACGUCGAACGGGUGUUUUUUUUUCUCGUUACGUGUACUUAUACGAAUAUGUGUUAAUUUUUCAAUAAAAAGUAACAUAUCGAUUUACCAAAAUUUACAAAUUAGUAUAUUAUAGUGCAAGUUAAAUAUACUUUAUUCUGUUGUGUGUCAAAACUAACUUUCUCAGCGGUUUGCAAUUUCGCGGUGUUGGUGAAUGAAUCCGUUUAAAACAUGAGUUGAAUAAACUUUGUAAAGUUAAGAUUUACUCGGCUAUGAAUUAAUUUUUAAGUGAUUAUUUACAUAAAAAUGACUACAGACAGAUUUCACAAAGCGGCCAAAGAUGGCCUGCUCGACGUGUUACGAGAAGCAACAAGGAAGGAAUGCAACAACAAGGACGAGUCGGGCAUGACCCCCACCCUGUGGGCCGCCUUCGAAGGGCACAUCGAGGCUCUGAGACUGUUAUGUGGGAGAGGAGGCGAGCCCGACAAAGCUGAUUACUUCGGUAAUACAGCAUUGCACUUCGCAGCAGCGAGGGGAUACAAGGAGUGCGUCACAUUUCUGGUCAACUUCGGAGCAAAUGUGUUCGCCAUGGACGUCGACGGCCACACUGCUCAGGAGUUAGCCGCCAUCAAUGGCAGAGAGGAUAUAUUGAGAUACUUAGAUCAGGCGACGGCAAAGUUGGAGAAUAAUGAUAAGAAAAAAUCAAAAGCACUGAAAGAAAAAGCAAAGAAAGACUACGAGAAAUAUCAGAAACAAUAUCAAAAGAGACAGAGUAAGGCAGAGGUGAUGGCGGAAAAGGAAUUCAAAAAGUUAGCAAAAGAAUGGGAGCAAGGUUACAAUGAGGACGUGACGCCGAUGCCGCAUCGGCCGAGUAAUGUACUUCUGGCGCUUAAACAGAAGAUGACCAGGUCGUCUAGCCAAGGAAACCUCCUAGCGGAAGACCAACCACGACCUACGUAUAGCUCGUUAGUAGGUACGGUGAACUCUGGAGCAAAGGGUCGCGGAGCCGUCUACAAAAAGGCGCUUGCUAGCAAACUGCGCAACAACACAGUUGGGAGAACAGGACCCAAUGACGAUUUUAAGGUGGGUGAGGUGGAGACGACGGGUCGGCGGUCAGUGACGUCGCUGACGGGGCUGCGGCGCGACUCGGAAGUGAUGUACGUGGGUACAUUCGGCGCGGGCCCGCAACCGCGUGCGCCGGUCGCAGACGUCUUCGGAGAGGACUCUACCAAGCCGCAGCUUACCAGAUCAGCAAGUCAGCCAGACUUUACAAUUCCACCAAAUGACGACAGUGGGAUUGGUCAGGAAGUGUUACUACAAGAGCCAGCCAGCAUUUUCGACAGACCAGGAUUCGGAAGUGUCGCUUUCAGGCGGUCUAUAACAGCGACACUGAGCGCGUUGCCGGCCGGCACAGCGGGCGAGGACUUGUCCAUUGGCUCUGCGGGCUCUCUAGCUGCUAGGCACGCCUACCAGCCCGCUGAAUGGAAUCAAUCUGAAAGUUCAACAGUGUCAUCAGACGAGGAAGGUGAAGCCGAAGAGUCAGGGUAUGCAUCCCUCGAGCGUUUCCUCACCGCCUGGGGCCUGGGCCAGUACGUGCAGAAGUUCAAGGACGAACAAAUAGACUUGGAUGCCCUCAUGCUGCUCACUGAAAGCGAUUUGAGGUCACUGGGUCUUCCGCUCGGACCCUACAGAAAGUUAGUCACGGCUGUGCAGGAAAGAAAACAGGCUAUUUCUCAUCCUGGACCCAUUAUUGAUACACCAAUAUAAUUUUAUUCAUAAUAUGUUCUUAGAAAUGUUUCUAUUAUAUUAAUCUUUAAAUUUAUUUUAUCCAUUGGACAUUACAAUUUUUAUUUACGUUUAAAACUAUACAAAAUGACCCUAUGAAAUGUAAUGAUAUACCAAAUAUGCUAUAAAUUGAUACUUUUGUAAUCUACUUUAACUUAGAUUCGGGACAUUCAAACAGAAAAACCAUUUUGAAAUUGGAAAUUCGGAUAUUGCAGGUAGAUUUUGAAAUUUUAUUUAAAUAUAUAGAUAUUCGAUAUAUUUUAACGUAUAUAAAGAUAUCGUUAAUAUUCAUGCAAUAAUAUACCUAUUAUAUUUAUAAUUACGUGUAAUAUUUGUGAAACGUUAGAAGACAUUUCUAGGUCCACGUGCUAAGUUGAUUGAUUGUUUUCAGUGUUUUUAUUUUCAUACACGAUAUAUUUUUUUUUUUAUAUUGCAUCCAUUGUGUGUUUAUUGUAUUAUUAGUAACGAUCAUUCCAUUCGAGUUACGUCCAGUAACGCCAUAUUAAAUGCAUAUUUUUGUACAAAGUAUUAAAUAUAACUUUUUGUAUUAUUUUUAA